AUGCCCCUUGCCAUUAGACACGCAGCCUUCAACGUGGAGAAGGCACGUGAACCUCCACCCAAGGGCACACUGCACACCACGAGUUCCGGCGUGAGCUACACCGAGGUCGACGAGAUCGAGGACGAGGAUGGAAAGUGGAGCCGCGCUCCCACCCCUCCUCCUCUACGAGAUGAGGAUGACGGCGAGGCGUUCGUUGCUCAUCACCGCCUCGCCUCCAGCGGCAACAUUCUCGAGACAAUGACCUGGAUCGAGCUGUACAACAAUGGUCUCGUCAUGGCUCUGCGCAAACGCUUCCCACAUAACAAUCAUUUGCACGACCGAGAGCCGGGAGCGGCUAUGCGGGCUCUGUUGGACUUUAUCGACGAGCGCUACAACCAACGUCUGGAGCUGCCUCAGAACACUACCAUCUACCCACUGCUGUGGUGGUUCUUCCGCCCUGGUACCGAGGUCGAGGCAGACGACAAUACUGGCCAACGGACGGCGUACGUGGUCAGCAACUGGUGGUACGACUACAAUGGCUUUCGAGCCAAAGUGUCGUGUCGUCAGUGGACGGGUGAAGCCUUCCAGGUCAUUUGGACGACGCUGUCCCAGAGCGAAUUUACCGACGUUCGCAACAUCUCCGACCUCAACUUUUGGCCCCUGUCUGCAGCCCACAAGGCCAAACUCGAAGCUAGGGGAAAGGUGUACGCCGAACAGUACAUUGGCAUCGUCCACGCAAGCUAUAACGGAUCCUUCUACGUCAAGUCCACCGUCGGGUUUGUACCCGAGCCGGGAAGUGGACGGGUCAUGAUAGACGUUGCGACAUUUCGCCGUCUCCAUCCGCGUGAGAACAUCUUCCCCGACGAUAUCAACCGCAAGGAACUGAAACGCGGGUUGCAGCCGCCGGCCGCCAAGCUUCCGGAUGACGAACUGUUCCUGCUCCCUUCCUACAUUCACGCCUUUUCGCUGAGGAAGAAGCGCUGGGGUCACUUCCUCAUCGACCGUCUGGCCCCUGUGGAGUGGAACUCGUCCGCCUUUGACCACCUCGUCAUCCCACCAGAGUAUCGGUCAGUGGUUCAGUGUCUCGUCGACGUGCACACGGGUGUCCUCGGCGAUAGUCUGGUGGCCGACAUUGUUAAGGGCAAGGGCGAGGGUGUCAUGAUGGCGUUCCAUGGACGGCCCGGUACUGGCAAGACCCUCACCGCCGAGGCCGUGUCGGAACAUCUCAAGACGCCCCUGUACAUGGUCAGCGCGGGCGAGCUAGGCACAAACGCGUCGACGCUGGAACAAAAACUAAACGCGGUUCUGGAGCUGGCUACCGUGUGGAAGGCUGUGCUGCUGAUAGACGAGGCAGACAUCUUCCUGCAGAAGCGUGCCACUUCAGACAUUGAGCGCAACGCACUGGUCGGUGUCUUCCUGCGACUGCUCGAGUACUACAACGGAGUGCUCAUCGUCACUACCAACAGGCUGGAGGAUCUGGACGAGGCGUUUGCGUCUCGUUUCUCCCUCACCCUGCCCUUCCGUGACCUCAACGUCGAAUCACGCAAGUCCAUCUGGAAGACUGCAAGUAUAUUGUUGCUAACUCGGGCUGGAUUUGACAUUGCGGAGCUGGCUGGCUGUGAGGUCAACGGUCGGGUCAUUAAGCAGACUGUGAGGACCGCACAGGCCCUGGCGCUAAGUGCUGGUGUUCCGCUUGCGAUGGAGCAUAUCCGACGUGUACAGCAGCUCGGUAUGCUGGGAAUGUAG